ACUCGCGCGCGCUCGGCAGUACUCGGCAGAGGUCGCCCGAAGUAUUUGUGCGUGUGUGCGUCUCUACGUUCGUGUAGCGGCGUUUUUGCGCCGUAGAGAGGUUAGGUUUGCGAUCCAGCGGUACGCCACCGUUUGCUUGUUGUAUUUUAUUAUCGGUCGUUCCAUUUGUCCGUGUCCGUUUGCCGGCGAUACUUUGAAUAGGGAUUGCGGAAAAUGGCGAUGACGACGAAUCAAGUCAAGGGCAGCGGAUGGCCAAGGCGUGCGAGCAAUAGCUCGUUCGAGGGAAAAGUGGUGCAGAAUCAAUCGGUCACCAUUAACAGAACUGUAAAUUUAUAUCCUUUGACAAACUAUACAUUUGGAACAAAAGAGCCACUCUUCGAGAAAGAUCCAUCAGUACCAGCGAGAUUUCAGCGCAUGAGAGAUGAAUUCGACAAAAUCGGCAUGCGGAGAAGCGUAGAAGGAGUUUUACUGGUACACGAGCAUGGAUUGCCACACGUUCUCCUUCUGCAACUCGGCACAACAUUCUUCAAGUUGCCUGGUGGAGAACUCAAUACAGGAGAAGAUGAGGUAGAGGGCCUAAAACGGCUCCUUACAGAGACUUUUGGACGACAGGAUGGAGUGAAGCAGGAAUGGGUUAUAGAAGACACAAUUGGAAACUGGUGGCGUCCAAACUUUGAACCACCUCAGUAUCCAUAUGUACCACCACACAUCACAAAACCAAAGGAGCACAAGAGAUUAUUCCUAGUACAGCUGCAAGAAAAAGCUCUGUUUGCUGUACCAAAGAAUUAUAAAUUAGUCGCUGCACCAUUGUUUGAAUUAUAUGAUAAUUCACAAGGUUAUGGUCCCAUAAUUUCAUCUUUGCCACAAUCAUUGUGCAGAUUUAAUUUCAUCUAUAUGUGAAACUAAAUAGGAGAAAAACAAAUUUGGCAUAAUGUGUUUAAUUUAACAAAAAUCCAAUUCAAAUCCAUAACAAAUGUAUGUAUGAGAUGAUGAAUGAUACUUGGAAAAUAUCCUGAUUUAUGUAUGUAUAAAAUAUGAAUCAUAUUAUAUGAGAAUUAAAAUAU